AUGGCGGGUGCCGCGAGCGAGCGUCGGUCAGGCAAUGUUUCAGCAAAGCCAACAGGCCAGGGAGCCAGAGUCGGGUCCACGGAUUCAGGGGGCCCGGGGGGGAGGACGCGGCGGCGGCGGCACGGGGGGUGGCCGACUGUUGACCGGGUUCCUACAUGUGCCGCCAACCCACAGAUCCAGCCGGGACACCCCGUUACCUUUAUCAACUGUAACAUCCAGGAUACCGGUCCAUUGUCGAACAAGAUGGCAGAUAAGCCAACCAAACCAACCAGCGCCGGAGGAAGUGGGAAUCCCCUCCAUGGCGUUACCGGUAAAGAGAAGACACCCGCUAAGCCAGGCUCUCUUACAUCGUCGUCUAGCAGCCUUGCUGGUUCCAGCCUGGCUGGCUCUGGCAGCACGGCAUCCGCGGGAAUUCCAGGCGCCAUCCCCGCUAAUCAGCUCAACCCUUCUGAUUCUGAAAUAUUCAAUGAAGCGAAGGCACAGAGAAAGGCACAGGAGAGUAAAGACUUUUGGGACAUGUCAAAGUACGAUUACAUGAAUGUAGACAUUCGUCUCUUUGCUGACCGGAAUGCCGCCACUGGUCCGAAAGAGCAGCGACGUUGGGAAGCACCGCUAUGUCAUUUUACUCUUCCUGCGCUGGAGGCUCAUGGCCAAUUACGAAUGCUGAAAGACCCCGUGGACAAUGGAAAACCGCUCCCGCCGAAGGAGAAAAUACCCGAUGAGAAAGACGCGGUGGACUGCAGUGCCAUUUUGUACGAGAGCAAGCUCAAAUCGUUUACACAAGCGUGCGAUGCUCAUAGCCUCAAUGACAGCAGUUUCAAGCCCAGACUGAUCAUAUGGGUGGUUAUUUAG